AUGCAGACCUUGCUGCACACCCAGCACCUCAUGUGCAAUCAAGCUUGCAUCAGGGUCUGCCAACGAUCCUUUCCUAUCCUGCCCACCCUUCUAUCCUCCUUUACAUCAACAUUCUAUCUACAACCGUCACGCGUUCGACCAAAGAAUGGCAAGAGAUGGACUGACUACGUGCCUGGCGCUUUGAAGGGCCCCUGCACAAAGAAUUCCUCACGAAUUCGAAUCAUAAAGAAUAUGCACAGCAUGUACAAGAAGCUUCCACAAAGUGAGCUCAGCAAACAUGCUGAGCAGACUCCGCAUUGA